AUGGCAAAAUCCAUCAUUAUCUUUUCUUUCUUUAUCUUCUAUUCUCUUGCCUUAUACAGUCCAGUAACAUGCUUUAUAAGUAACAAAACAGAUUUAUUUUCAUUGCUGGCUUUGAAGGAAGCCAUAAAUGUCGAUCCAAACGGAGCUUUAAUCUCAUGGAAUCGAAAUACAAACUUUUGCACGUGGAACGGAGUCACAUGCGGUCGAAGGCACCCAAAUAGAGUUAUCGCCAUAAAGCUGGAUUCUCAAGGCUUGAUUGGAUCACUCUCACCUCACAUAGGUAAUCUCUCAUUCCUUAGAGAAAUCAAUCUCCAAAACAAUAGUUUCAACGGCCGAAUUCCGCAGGAAAUCGGCCUUUUAAGACGACUUAAGUUUAUAGAAUUUAGCAACAAUUCUUUCACGGGAAGAAUAAUGCCCGAAAAUAUUACCCAAUGGAGAAAUCUGGUUUAUCUUAACUUGAUCGACAACAAUCUCUCCGGGGCCAUACCUUCGGAGCUCCAUUUUUUGGAGAAACUAGAAGCUCUAGGCUUGGGUAAGAACAAAAUUUUAGGAGAUAUCCCUCAAUAUAUAGGAAACCUAACAUCUAUGAUACAACUUUCUCUAAGGUCUUGCGACUUGAAUGGAGAAAUUCCCGAAUCCUUGGCCCAACUUCAGAAACUAAGACGUCUUAAUUUGGGUGAAAACAAUCUCACAGGCACCAUUCCUCCGAGUGUCUUCAAUAUAUCUACUAUUAGGAGUUUUACAGUUGAUUUUAAUCUUCUUUAUGGAAUAAUACCCUCUACUAUAGGCCUCACUCUCCCUAACCUGAGGUUUCUGAGUUUGGGAAAAAAUAAAUUUAGUGGCAGUGUUCCGAUUUCAAUAUCAAAUGCUUCUUCACUUGAAACGAUUGUGUUAACACUAAACGAUUUUAGUGGGCCAAUGCCAAUGCUUGGAGGUCUUUCACAACUUAAAUCCUUAUAUGCCGCAAAUAUAUUAAUUGAAGAUGAUAUUAGUUUCAUUUCAUCACUCACUAACUGCACUCAACUACGAGUUCUUGAUCUAUCCAGCCCAUUUAUUAGUGGUACAAUUCCACAAAGAAUCGCAAACUUCUCUGUUCACAUUACUACUAUAGGGAUUUUUGGUACUCAAGUACGCGGAAAAAUUCCAUCAGGUAUCGAAAACCUUGUUGGCCUCACUUUCUUGGGUCUUGCAAGAAAUUCUCUCGAGGGUUCGAUUCCUUCGGGCAUUGGGAAACUUAUUAAUCUUAAUAUUCUCAGCUUGGAAGAAAAUAGAUUUACGGGGGAAAUACCAUCUAUAUUCGGAAACUUGAGCUUGUUGACUAAUUUGUACAUGCAAGGAAACAACUUUUCGGGGCCUAUACCUCAGAGUAUCGGUAACUGCUCUAAGUUGCUAGGAUUAUAUCUUUCGCGUAAUAGUCUUAGUGGCUUCAUACCUCAAGAGCUUAUGAAUCUUUCCUCGAUUUCUAUUUCCUUGGACCUAUCUUACAAUGCAUUAACGGGUUCGAUUCCGGUUGAAGUUGGAUCGUUGAGAAACCUAGCAAGCUUAGAUUUCUCCAACAAUAGAUUGUCCGGACUUAUUCCCAACUCAAUAGGAAAGUGCGUUAGCUUGGAACAACUUCAUCUCGAGGGAAAUUUAUUUGAAGGACAAAUACCUCGAGGACUAAGUUCUUCAAUGGGCUUAACAAAUUUGGAUCUUUCACGAAAUAAUUUAUCUGGGACAAUCCCAAGUUUUCUUGGCUUGCUACGACUCGAGCAAUUGAAUCUAUCGUUCAAUAUGUUGCAAGGACGAGUGCCAACAACUGGAGUAUUUGAAAAUGAGACUGCAAUUUCCUUACAAGGAAACAAACAACUAUGUGGAGUAAUUCUUCAGUUGGACCUUCCUCCUUGCACUUCAUCGAAGAAGAAAAACUUGUCAACUACACUCAAAAUCACGAUCCCAUUAAUAGCGGGAGUUGCGGCAAUUCUAUGCCUCGUCAUUUUUCUUUACAAGAGGAGAACACCAAAUAGAAAUACAUCUUCUCAAUCUCAACCAUCAUUCAAUGGAAUAUCUUUCUCGAGGCUUUCAUAUUCCGAUCUACUUAAAGCAACGGGCGGAUUCGUUGAAACUAGCCUAGUAGGCGUCGGAAGUUUUGGAUCUGUUUACAAAGGUAUUCUUGAUGACGGGCUCACAGUUUUAGCUGUGAAAGUGCUUAAUCGUGUUAUGAAAGGAGCCUCUAAGAGCUUCAUCGCGGAAUGCAAUGCACUUAGAGAGAUAAGACACAGAAAUCUCGUGAAAAUAUGGAGUGUUUGUGAAAGCAUAGACUUCCAUGGAAACGAAUUCAAAGCGAUUGUCUACGAGUUCAAGGCACUCGAGUAUCUCCAUUGUGGUACCGAUUCGGUAAUUGUUCAUGGGGAUUUGAAGCCGAGUAACAUUCUCUUGGAUCAAGAUAUGACGGCUUGUGUCGGUGAUUUCGGUCUAUCAAAAAUUAUUUCAAGCCCACCGCACGAAAGCAACAACACACUCGUGAUCAAGGGUAGUUUCGGAUACAUUCCACCUGAAUAUGGCAUGAGCAACUUGGUCUCGACCAAAGGGGAUGUGUAUAGCUACGGUAUUCUUGUCUUGGAGAUGUUCACGAAUAAAAGACCAACUGAUGAUUCGUUAAGGAACAUGCACGACGGCGCGUUUCAGAUCAAGGAAGGGGAUAUGCUGUACGGGUAUCAGCCGUUUGCCACGAAAGAUUCCAGAAUAUUCGACCGGGCCGAUGAGUUUGUUCUGGACCGGUUCGUCGGGGAAGAAGGGGAGGAGAUGCUGAAGCACGUGCUCUGGUCGAACGGGCCGGAGAGUGGGGCCCCCUCCGUGAACAACAAACAGUGCGCCGGGAAGGAUAUCGUUGUGCUGGCUUUGAGGCUGCUGCUGGUGGAGCUGUUCCGACGGUACUACUCGUUCGAUAUUGAGGUUUUGGCGUCGCCGCUCGGCGCCGCCGUUACCGUGACGUCGCUGAAACAGGCCGGUUUCUAG